AUUUUGUGCUAUUUGAAUACAGAGCCCCACCAAAAAAAUAGAAAGGCGAAUUGGAAUAGCUUCCAAUAGAGCGCGCAAAGACAGGGGAGUAACUGUUCCCUUUGGAACCGCCAUUUCCGACCUCUCCAAUUUCUUCGGUUCCUAAUUCCUUUACUCUUUCUUCUCCUCCUCCUCCGAGCUCUACCAUAAAUCCGGAUGGUAAGGUGUUUGUUUCUACUCUCUCAAUCUCCACAUCCACAUUGUGGAAUUGUUGAAAAGCGUUUCGAGGAGACGGAAACUUGUGAAAAUGGCUAUUCCUCGCAAGGAUCCAUCGCAGCAACCAUUGAUCCCAAACUUUCUGUACUCGUCGUCGCUGUCGAGUAAGAGUUGGAUGGAUUUGAAGCAGAAUUUUAUGGCGAGCGGGAAUAACGCGCAUGGAACGUCGCAUCCAUCGGCGGUUACGCUGCCGUCGGCGGGGAUCGUUGGGAAUUUCAUGAUUCCGGCGCCUAGUGAGAGUAGGAUACCGCUGUUUUCGCCGGCGUAUUAUAUGGCGUGUACCUUUGGAGGAAUUUUGAGCUGUGGCCUCACUCACAUGGCCGUAACUCCGCUCGAUCUCGUCAAGUGUAAUAUGCAGAUCAAUCCUGCAAAGUACAAGAGCAUUUCCUCCGGCUUUGGAGUUCUUAUGAAGGAGCAAGGAGCGAAAGGUUUCUUCAGGGGUUGGGUGCCAACUCUGCUUGGGUACAGCGCACAGGGAGCUUGCAAGUUCGGGUUCUACGAAUAUUUCAAGAAAUUCUACUCCGACCUCGCUGGCCCCGAGAAUGCAGUCAAAUACAAGACCCUCAUCUUCCUUGCAGGAUCUGCUUCUGCCGAAGUUAUCGCUGAUAUUGCCCUCUGCCCCUUGGAAGCUGUUAAGGUUCGAGUCCAAACUCAGCCCGGCUUUGCUAGAGGUCUGGCUGAUGGAUUUCCUAAACUUGUCAAAGCUGAAGGCGUCGCAGGGCUUUACAAAGGGAUCGCCCCGCUUUGGGGACGGCAGAUUCCAUAUACAAUGAUGAAAUUUGCGACUUUUGAAAACAUUGUCACGGCCAUCUACAAGUACGCCAUCCCAACUCCUAAAGACCAGUGCAGCAAAAACCUGCAGCUCGGAGUUAGCUUUGCAGGUGGCUACGUUGCCGGGGUGUUCUGCGCUGUCGUCUCUCAUCCUGCUGACAACUUAGUGUCUUUCCUCAACAAUGCCAAAGGCGCAACUGUUGGCGAUGCUAUUAAAAAGUUGGGAGUAUGGGGUCUGUGCACCCGAGGCCUCCCGCUGCGUAUUGUCAUGAUCGGCACACUCACCGGCGCGCAAUGGGGCAUCUACGAUGCAUUCAAAGUUUUUGUUGGCCUGCCUACAACUGGUGGUGGCAGCCCUGCUCCUGCUAAGAAGUGAAGAUACAGACCGAAAAAGGAAAACAAAAUUACAAAAUGACCAUUAUAGAGUUGGACGCCAUUCUUGCUUGAAUACUUUAUGUUCUUUUGACUCUCAAAUAGUGUUUUUUUUUUUUUUUAUCUUUCUCUCUCUCUUAGUUGAACAUACACAUACACAAACUAUAUAGUAGCACAGCUUAUUAUACUAUAUCAUCUUUUGCAU